AUGACGGAAUUAUUUUGUGUCUGUAUGCGUCCUGAUGAUGGAAAAUUUAUGAUAGGUUGUGAUUUUUGCCCACAAUGGUUCCAUGGUGUAUGUGUGGGCCAGUUCAGGAACAAGAAAAAUCACUUAUGGAAGUGUGCCAUUUGCUCCUCAAAAUGGACAGGGGAGUGGAUUAAGGGAGAAAAAGUGUCAGGAGGAACUUCUUCCUCUUCAUCUGGUAAAGCUUCUCGCUCUUUUAGAGAUCUUUCAAAUAAUGUCAACAAAAAGUCCGAUCAUACAGUAUCUAUUUCAAUCUCGAGCUCAACUCCACAAACAUCUACCAUAAACAACUCUAGCAGAAAUGAGGAACUGCUUGAUCAGGUUGUAAAUGGUGCAAUUCAAAGGACAGAUGUUGAGUUUAAAGUCAAAUCAGGACCAUGUCCUGCAGAUCUUGUGGAUAGUGUAGAGGUAGAAACUGAAAAUUACGAUUCAAAUAAUGAUGAAGAUAAAGGCAAAGCACUUAACUCCUCAAGUUCCCUUCAGAAACUUGUUAAAAGCACAGAGAGAAUAUCUGGGGAGUGCAGUGCGGAACGAGCCUGUUCUUCUGGACCCAAAAAUAGCAUCAAAAGUGGCACCACCAAUGCUCAAAAAGACACAAUGAGGCUGAAACAUGAACAGGCUGGUAUAUUUUCCUCUAAUAUUUCGUUGUCUGGUGCCGUCAGAGAGGGUCCAACUGGUUUAGAAGUUCACUGUUCCAUGAGCAAUGUUUCUCCUGACAGUAGCAAGUACUGUAUUAAUCAGUCCCCAUCACCACGAGUUCAGCCAUCACUUGCUCACUCACCUCAACUAUUGGGGGGGGUCACUUCUACUGGGUCUGCUAGGGCUAGUAAAAGUACGCCAAAAAAAAGUUCAGCUUACACAUGUUUUCCGAGCAACAAGUUGGCUCCAGCUGGGUCUGCUGAUAGUCAAUGUAAGAAGCCACUUGAAAAUGUACCUGUAGGACAUGGAUUUGUAUCCUCCCCUUUAAAAAUGGGUUCUGAUACUGAAACUAAUUUAUUGGAAACUAAUAAGUCUGCAUCAGCAGGGACCACUUAUGCUUCAAAAGACACAGUGAGGCUGAAACAUGAACAGCCUGGAAGCCUGUUAUCAACAUAUGAAAGACAAAUGUUAAGUGCUGUUGCUAAGUUUCUAAAAAAUGUUUUCAUUGAAACCAAAUCUUGGUCUAUCAAACGUCAUUUUGAUAUUCAGAAGGAUACCGUAAGCUGUGGUGUUCACAUCUGCUGGUUUGCACUUCUUUUAACAAGAAAGUAUAAUUUAGCCCCUCUAGAAAAUCCAUCAGACUUUAGACAACACAUUUAUGACUCUAUUCUCCUUCAAAAGGAUUUGUAA